GCAGGGGCUGCAGUCAUCUGAUGGCUACAGGCCUCAGUUCCUCUCUGGCUGUUGACAAGACACCUCAGUUUCUCACCACAUGGGCCUCUCCAUAAGCUGCUGCAGUGUUCUCACGUGGGAGGCAACUGCAGAGCAGGUGAUCCAAGAGAACCAGAAGGAACCAGUGCCCACUAGGCUUCCCCGUAUUAUCUCAGAAGAUGGGAAUUAUUCCGUACACCAGAAUAGCCACACAAGGUAUCAUGAAGCUAUAAAGAAGGUGUUGUUAAAGACAUUCCCCAAUCAGGUCUUCAGAGUCCCCUUGACUGAUGCUCAGAACUUCAGCUUCUGGCGGUCCCAUGAUCCAGGAGUGCGCCCAGAAGAAACCAUGCCAUGGAUCCGGAGCCCCCGCCACUGCCUCAUUAAAAGCCCAAUGACCAGGUUUAUGGAUCACUCUGUUCUGAGUGACAGAAACUUCAGUCUGUAUUGAACAGGAUAUAUUUGCACGAUGGACUGUGGAAGCAGGGCAAAGAAGGAGAAAACGGAGAAGGUGUCCUGGUUCCACUGAGGGACUAAUGGGAGGAGGGGACCUCAAGAGCAGAGUAAACAUUGGAUUAGAAGUCACUUGUGUGCACU